CACAUGACAGUGUGCGUACGCGGCGGAAUUAGAAGUGAAGAUGGCGGACGAGGAGGCUGAACGAGAAAGGGGAACGAAAAUCGGUACAGAAAAAACGAUUUUGUCUCUAAGAGAACGACUUCAAGAAUUGGACACUGCACUGAAGGACAGUCCGGAGUCUCCCUUUCAUUCUGCCACUGAGUAUUGCCAGAAAUUUUGUGAGGUCCUGGUGGAGUUUGGAGCCCAGUGGAAAGUGGACGUGGAUCCAUUGCCUUUGCUGGAGGUGUACACAGAGGCCAUACUAAGCUACGCGAGAGCCACCCCCUACCUGUCCUCCGAGUGUGAAAACGUGCCCCUCAUACUUGAACGUCUAACACUGAGCUGCGCAGAGCUUUUGCUAGCCCAGACAGAGCUGGUCCCAAGUGCACUGUGGGAAAGGUUCCAGUCCUCAGUACAGACAUCCCACAGUCUCCUACAGCAGAAUGGGAACUCUCAGCUGCGCAUGCUGUGCGCGCUGUCGAAGGAGAGGGGCGUGUGGUCCAACCGCACGCUGUGUCACAUUCUCGCCAAUGACGCACUCCAGACGGAGAAAGUUCAUGAAUUCCUUGCACUGGAAGGACCCGUUCUUCUGGAGCUGCGUGUGAAGCAGCUGAAAAACAGCAACCAUUUUGAAAAAGCUGCUUUGCUGGCUAAGCAGUGUGCAGAGUAUCCUGAGUUCGGAGGAAGGGGCAACUUCACGCAGACGUACCUGGUCUGUCUGUGUGCUGCUGAACCGCAAGAACAGCUAAUGCAAAAGAUUUCUGAGGUGGACUGUAAAGAGGUACUGGAGAUGGUCUGUAACCUAGAGUCGGACGGAGAUGACCGAGGAGCCCUCAGUUUGUGCUCCGCCUUCCUCGCCCGCCAGCUUCUCCAGAGUGAUGUUUACUGUGCUUGGGAACUGACUCUCUUCUGGAGCAAACUGCUGAAGCGGGUAGAACCAUCGGCGCAGGUGUUCCUGGACCGAUGCCGUCGGUUGUCGCGACUGUCUAAAACUGUCUACCACAUCCUCUUCCUUAUCAAAGUUGUUCAGGCCGAGCUGCAAGAUGAGGGUCUACCUGUGUGCAUUGAAAUGUGCAUUCAAGCCCUGCGAAUGGCAUCCAGCAAUGAGGGAAAUGUGAAGGCCACCAUAUGCAAAACCAUCUCCUGUUUGCUGCCCACUGACCUGGAAGUGAAACGAGCAUGCCAGCUGACGGAGUUCCUUCUGGAGCCUACAGUGGACUCCUACUAUGCAGUAGAAGCACUCUACAAUGAGCCUGACCAGAAGCAGGAUGAGAACAACUCCCCAGUGCCGUAUUCCCUGCGCUGUGAGCUUUUUUUGGUCUUUAAGACCCUGUGGCCUUUUGAUCCAGAAUUCUUGGACUGGAAGGCUCUGAAACAUCACUGCUUGGUGCUCAUGGGUGAGCAGUCAUCCAUUGUGUCUUCCAUCGACAAGCUCAACGACAGCAAAAACCUGGAUGAGACUGAUGGUGAUGAGGAGGGAGGCGAAAGUCAUGACGACUUCAAAGACCCAACGGACUGUUUUCUGGACACUAUGAACCAAUUGAAUGAAAUUGAGGAUGAAAGACUGAAAAAGAGGGAAAUCAAGAAACUGAGAGAGAAAGGAUUUAUAUCUGCAAGAUUCAGGAACUGGCAAGCUUAUGUUCAGUAUUGCGUGCUCUGCGACAAGGAGUUUCUUGGACAUAGGAUCGUUCGACAUGCGCAGAAGCAUUAUAGUGAUGGAGUUUACAGCUGUCCAAUAUGCACUACAAACUUUAAUUCCAAGGAGCAGCUCAUUCCACAUGUGGCAUCGCAUGUGAAACAGUCCUGCAAAGAGCGACUUGCUGCCAUGAAAACAAGUAGGGUUUUGGCAACUUCUAAAAAAACAAUUUCUGACCCUGCUUCCAGCCUGAAAACAGAGUCUGUGAUUGAAACUUUUGAGGAAGAACAGAGCAUGGAGCACUUUUGCCCUGUUACAAACUGUCAAAAGGGUUUCAAGUUCUUCAGAAACAUGAUGGCCCAUGUGAAAACCCAUGGCAAUAAUGAAGAAGCUAAAUGUUUUCUUGAAAUACAAAGCAAAAAGGUUGUGUGUAAUUUUUGCCGUCGGCAGUUUGUCAGCAUUGCCCACCUCAAUGAUCACUUACAAAUGCACUGCAGUGACAAGCCUUACAUUUGUGUGCAGCUGAACUGCAAGGCCAGGUUCCUCUCCAACACUGAGCUGCUCAUGCACAGGAAGGAGCAUACUACCUUUAAAGCGAAGUGCUUGUUUCCAAACUGUGGAAAGAUUUUCACCGAAGCCUACAUGCUGUAUGAUCACGAAGCACGGCAUUACAACACAUUCACUUGUAAAGUUUCUGGCUGUGGUAAGAUAUUUCAUGCCAAGUCGCAGCUGGAUUUGCAUCAAGAAGACCAUGUCACAAAACAGGAUCUCCUUGUUACUGAGGAGAAAACUUGGGUGUUGGCAGAUGUGAAAACUGAAGCACCAAUUCAAAUCCAACUUGACCAGGAGGUAAACUGCCCUUCUAUGAAUACAUUGCUUUCAAAUGAUGAGGAUCACUCCUUGCAAAAUGCCGUGCAGCCACUUUCAUCCAGUUCAACCAGUUCAACCAAUGAGUUGGUGACUCGGGAAGCCAGCCCUAUCAAGAUAAAACACUCGGUUGAGAGUAUGCUGAACACAACGAGUAGUUCCACGUGCGGGGUUGAGCACAAUAUUUCUGUAAAGGUUCAGCCAGGUGCUGAACCUCAACAACAGAUAUUAAAUUCUGAUGAUCCUAUGGUUCAGUCUUCAGGGAACUUGUAUGUGUCUCACUCAGAGCAACCAGAGUUGGAGAAUAUAUUACCAUCUUAUCAUAAUCUAAUGGAAGUAGACUCACAGGGUCAAGCUUGUACUCUGAAUCAGACCAUCACCCAGAAUUUGCAGGCGCCAUCUGCCCUAGAUCUUCAGCAGCCUCACGCUCAGAAUCCAGUUUUAUUCACUACUUCAGAUCAAAGUAAUCAGGAUUUUUUACCCACUCAGUCACUAGAUUGGUCCUGCAGUCAAACUCAAACAGAUUUGCAGGACCCAAAGCUAUAUUCAUGUGAAUGGAAUCAUCCUGUAACCUCCUGUAGUGUCUCCUGUAAAAGUGAACCUCUUGAAUUUGCCCAUCAUGUAAGUCAAAACACUUAUGACUGCAUAGGCUCAGGACCAGCAAACCAGUUGUGCACAUUUGACAAAAAACUAGUUGUACAGCAGAUCCCUCCCAGUAUGUCUAAUUUGAAUUCUGCUGCUGCCAAAUCUGUUGUGGCUACAGCGGUUUCUGCUCAACUUGAUACAGGCCUGGCUGUCAGGGACAAGACAAUAGGUAAUAUUUCUCAUCAAUCCAGUAGUGGUCUUGCUGCACCUGAGGGGGCAAAGGAGAGGCACUACUGCCUAUUGGAGACAUGUUCUCGGAAUUACAGCUGCACAAAAAGCGUCAAUAAGCAUAUGAAAACGGCGCAUCCUGAGUUCUAUGUACAGUGGAAAUUGGCAAAGGAGAACAGUAAAGUCUCAAAAGGCCCUACAAGGGUGCGGCCUGUAAGAGGAAAGAAAGUACUUCCUGUAACAGAUGCUCAGAGCAUCACAAACCAACAGAUGCCAUAUGCAACCAGUUGUAAAAAUCCACCCGCUUCUCCUGGAAAGUUGGCAGAAAAUGUCAUGAAUGCUGUAUUGCCUUCUCAGCCUGGACAUCCUCAUAGUGCAGCUGCACUUACCCGGACUGGACCAAUGCAGGCUGACAUUGCUAAUAGCUCACUUCUGCCUUUACUUAUUGGGAACCAUUCUGAAAAUUCCCGUCAGACCAACCACCCUUCAGUGCGUUUGCCCCAAGAACAUCAGUCUGUUGAUAGUCAUGUUUUGUCUUCUGAAAUUAACAAAUCUCAUGCUGGCUAUCCCUCACAGGUGAGCUCUGCUCACGCAUCAGGUACAGUGAAUCCAAUUUAUAAUGGAAUAUCAGGUGUAGAUAAGAUUUCAGCUGCUCAUGAUACUAACUCAUUUGUGACAACUCAGAUUUGCAGUGGAACUUGGCAGAGUAAGAUUCAGACAAAUGCAGAUCCAGUUUUCUGUUUAAAGCAGGCUGACAAUGUUAAUUCUGGAAUAACAUUCAAUUCAGUAGAUGGAGGGUCUUCAAUGAAUAACAGUGGGCCUGCUUUUCAGACCACUAACAGUAGAAGUACUAAUUCUAUCUUCCAGUCACCCAUGGACCAGGACUCACAGCUAUCUGCCCUCUUGUUAGGUGAAAGUUCCUGUCCGUCUCAUUUCUCUACCAGUGUAUCUUUUGCUGCACCUCCCCAGAAAACAGAUGAAGGAUUGAUAAAUAUUUCCUCAUCCAAUCACACCACAUCACCUAAUAAGCAUGCAGUAGGCAGGUCUGACCUGGUAUCGGCUGUUAAAAAUGUCCUUGAUGGUGCAAAAGACAUUUUGGAAGAUCAACCAGGCAAUUCAGCAAGUCGUGUAUUGCCAUUGCAGUUGCAAAGUGGUUCAUCUUUAGGUUUGAUCACUUCAGAAAAAACGGCUCAUUCACAAAUGAGUAUCUCAUCCAUGGGAGAAGCCUUACUUUCCAGAGUUGAUGUUGAAUCCUUAGAAAGUAGUAAUAUUUCAGGACAAGGCACGACCCCACAAAUGAAAAGAGUGAAACCUAGCAAAAGAUCUAAAUGGCCAGCUAUUUUUAAGGAUGGGAAGUAUCUAUGUUGUAGAUGCUUUAGAGAAUUCCAAAGCCCCAAAUCACUCGGGGGUCAUUUAUCAAAGCGAUCCCUUUGUAAAGAUCUUACUCAGACUGGCUUGACUGUUCACAAGUCUCCACAGACUACUGAUGUCUAUAACCAACCAGCAGCUUCAACUAUAAAUCCAAACAUGCAUUGUGAAGACCAGCCAGCGCAGUCAUUCAGUGGUGCUAUGGAACAGGAGCGCUCUCCCAAUGUCACUUUAACACAAGCUAAUACUUUAGUAUGUGAGGGUAGAAAAGAUGGUGAAUCCCUGCAAUGUUUUGAUAAACUCCCCAUUCGAAGCCAUUCCAUUUUUGAGUCCUCUCAGUUUGCUCAAGGGACAUUCCACAAACCCUGUGAGUCAUACUCAUCCGAUGACCGUUUGCCAGAGAGCACAGUCAUACAGCACACAGGGAAUCUUAAUUUCAAGACAGAAAAAGAAUACAGUGAGGAGGGUUUCAACAAGUCCGAAGAACCGCAGCUGGAGAGCAGUCUUUUGUCUCAACCUCUCCCUUCGGUACUAGUACAAAAUGCCAGUUUAGAAAAUGGCUAUCCCACAGAUCAUCUAAAUGAAAUCCUAAGAGCUGAAGCGUUGAGCAAAAUGAGAGAGCUAAAGGAGAAUGCUGGGAAAUCCCAGAGGUUUGGGCUAUCAAAUGAUACUCUGCUGGCCACCAUUUCCAGUCUUGCUGAAAAUCUGACAAGAAAUCCAUCACCACAGUUAACUUCACCUGAUGUUCAGCAAUUUUUACUGAAGCUGAGGAACCCCCUGGACUUUAAUCAAAACAAAAACUGUGAUGAGAACAUAAAGAAAAAAUUACGCGAUCAGAUUUUAGCUGGGGAUAUUCUCAGAAGGGGCAAUGUUUAUGAAGAACCAGUUUCUGAUGCAAGCACUGGUCCUGAUUUAUCUGGUGUUCCUGAAGUUGCAGAAAGCUGCCAGAGCACUGGCAUUUCUAUGGUAAUUCAGAAGACUAACAAUGACUGCAAAGCCCAAUCUAGCAGUGGGGGAACAACCACUGCACCCCCUUCCCAGACUGAUGGAACAUUGCCUAUGCAAAGUUGCACCGAACUGGCAGAGGGUUCUUCAGUGGUUUGUGAAAAAUUAGUAUUAGGGGAACCUAUGAAAAAUAAUGAGAGCCCUGCUUUGUCUGCUGGUGAUGAAACAGUGAUGGAAAUUCAGAAAGCACUACAGAGAUUGGAUCUAGAUAAGGAAACUAUUGAAGAUCAGUCUUCUGUAGAUAGCUGUUCCCCUCCGAAUGUUUCUGGUUGCAACGAAGAACUCCCAAAUAAUGUUGAAUCUUUGAAAACUGUAGAUGUAGAGAGAACAAAUGAAAUUGAUAUUUUGGAAAACAUCUCAAAACCAUUCUUGUGUGAAGAAGAGGGUUGCAAGUAUGGGGCUAUGACGAAGGAAGCACUGUUCAAACACCUUAUCAGGGUACAUAGCUACACUAAUGAUAUGAUUACAGAACUAAAGAAAAGCCCAGCAAAGUUUUCUCCUUAUUGUUGUCCAAUAUGCAGGAAGACAUUCACCAGAAACACAAAUCUCAGAGUGCAUUGCGAGUCGGUUCACAAAAUGUCACGAGAGGAGUUUGCCAAGCAGAAGGUGCGCUUUUGGUCUAACAAAAAGGCAGAUAAAGAUAUUCUUGAGAAGGAAUUUAGCAGUAGUCAAAAUGGCAUCUGUAGAAUGAAUCCAUCCCAUUCCCAGAAUGUCCCUCUAAACUAUGCAACAUCUAAAACAAUUAUAGACAAAAGGCAAGAACAAUUACAUUUACCGUCUGAACAAAAUACAGGGCAUAAACAAAAAGCAAUAACAAAGGAAUAUGUUUCUUGUUCUUUUAAAGAGCAGACCUCAGCUCAACAGAUGAGUAAUGCAGGCCAGUCUCCUAAUGUACAACAUUCAUGUGCAGCUGGCCCAUGCUUAGAGAGGCAGCUGAGAAGACCUGCAAGAGCCUCUGUGAGAUUAGCUGCAUCAGUGUCUCCUCAAGCAAGUUCCAGUCGAGCUGAGACUAGUUCCCCUCUUGAAAAAAUGGCUUCUAAACUUAAUCAACCCACAACGGUAAAAUCCCAAAUUGAAAGCCCACAAAAAACUAAAGAGAAAAAGGUGGAAAACAAUGAAGUGGAAGAUGCUUUCAGCCCCUAUAGACCAUACCGCUGUGUUCACGAGGGAUGUGUUGCUGCUUUCACCAUCCAGCAAAAUCUCAUCCUUCAUUACAAGGCUGUGCAUCACUCUGCUCUGCCAAAAUUUGACACAGAGGAUACUGACCACAGUGAGGAUAUCAGUUGUGAGGGGGAGGACGAAGUGGAAAGGAUUAGCGAGUUCCGCUGUCAGGUUAAAGACUGUUCGAGGAUUUUCCCACAAAUAACCGGCCUGUUGCAACACUACCUCCAGCUUCAUGAGUUUUCCCUGGACAAAGCCGAUGCACUGAUGUCCAAGAUUAAUUUCCAGAGGUUCCAGUGUGAUCAGCCAGAAUGUACAACAUCUUUCUGUGAUUUCCAGAGAUACAUUGGGCAUAUUAAAGAAGAUCACAAGAUUGCAAAGGUAUCCAAGGCUGAUGGCGUAGAAGAAACUUUCCAGUGUGAGUAUGCUGGCUGUGACCGUGUCUAUUCAUCGCGUUCAAACGUUGUGCGGCACAUCAUGAAUAAACACCAGGAUUUGUACAAGCUCAUGAUGCGGAAACAGAAAAGGCGUGAAAGAGAGCAACAGGCUGCGAAGAGAUCAAAGGAGUUAAAAAUCACUGGAGUUAAAACAAAUGGUGGGAAAGAGAACAGAGAGAACCAAAAACACAGGCAAAAGGGGAGCAACAAAAGGCGAAAUCCAAGGCCAAGAUGCCACUGGACCAGUUUCGGAAAGCCCUCCCUGAAAUCCCUAGAGGAAGCCUCCGGGAUGUGCACCAAGAAAUUUGCCUUGCAAUACCCUUGCAUGCUGAAGGGCUGUGAUUCUGUUAUGAGCUCUGAACGGAACGUACUGAGACACUAUGCUUCUCAUGGUCUUACCGAGCGAUACAUAGAGGAGCGGAGAAGUGGUUUCAUAUUCUGCAAGAAGUACCCGCGCUCAAGACAAAAGGACGCAAAUGAGUCUGAGGAUGACACCACAGACACCUCGGAUGUAGAUGAGUCAGAAAGUGAGGAGAGAGAGACUGAGAGUUCCAAACGCACCUGCAGAAAAGUGGAGAGCCCUGAGCUACUCGAGGCCAAGCAGCUGUCCAAUGAAAGUACGGAAACCAAAUCGGCAGAAUCUGAGGUAAUCAAACGUAAGAGGGGUCGACCCCGAAAGGUGCACAUUACAGAGCCGAAAAUAGUUGCUUCAGGGAGCCGGAGGGAGAGCUUGAGAAACGGCACUAAUAAAGUCAACCAAGUGGAUGACAGUGCGGACCGCUUUAACAUAGUCCAAGAACAAAAGGGGCAACCAGAAAAGGCCAUGUCUUUGAGUUCCUUCAAGCCCAUGGGAUUUGAGGUGUCAUUCCUCCAGUUUUUAGAGAAAUCUGCAGAGCGUAGACACCCAGCAAAAAGGAAAGCCAGUGAAAGACACUCCAAUGAGAUGCCAUCCAAACGGCGUCGCACUCUUCAACAAAGGACUGUGAACAUCAUUUGCGAGAGGCCUAAUUUGCACAGGCGUGCAAAGAACCAUCAGAGCUUGGUUGAUUUUAGAAACCCUCUCAAGCUGAAGUCAGUGAAGAAUGUGAAGAUUGUGGUUGACACAACAUUUUCCAGCAGUGCUGAUCUCUUGCUGAAGCAGCUACAAGAGAUGAGACCUAUGGUGAUACUGAAAAAGUGGCUAUAUAGUUGAGCAGCAAAGGUGGAAUGAUUUCACUGUCAAAGACUCAUACUCAGGACUUGAUAUUAUGCUGCAAAUCAUCUAAAAACUUGACAAGUUUUUAGAUUGAUGCAUUUUUGAAUAAUGCAUCACUGUUUCUCUCCAAACAUUUAACGGUAUUGGUGAUUCUUUGUCUGGCGUACUUGAAAGCACCACACGUCUUUACUUAGAAUAAUGUGGCUGCUUUUAAAGUUUGUGAAAAUGAUUUAGCUCUUGAACACUAAAUUCAAAUGUGUUUUUUUAAAAUAAUUAUGUAGUGUUAUGAACUUGUGCUUGAAUGUUUGCAUUUAUAAAGCUUCUGUUAUGAAAUAAGUUGCCUUUGCAAAUUUUAAACAGGAAGUCUGGUCAAAAAAGGAUCCAAGCUUUUUCAGUGAAUACACAAAUAAGAUUGCUUGUCAAAGCACUACUUAUUCCCAGUAACAGUUCUCUGACCACUUAAACACAUCUUGGACAAUGUGGACAACCUAGCGAGUAUAUUGGUUUGCUUUACGCAUGGUGACAAGUUCAAGGACUCAUUAGGUCCAAUAAUCUAGCUGUUUUGUAUAUCCUUGAAACAUAUGAUAAAAUCAAAUUUGGAUUUUUGAGCAGACUUCACCUUUAAAUAAACAGAAUGACAGGUUGCAAAUUUUGAUAUAUCCCUGUGGGACUACUUUAGAACAAAUGGUUAUGUAAAUGGUAAAAAUAUAUUCCAAUUUUUGCAAAGUGCUUUGUGUGUAGUCCAAGUUGGUCUCCUUAAUUUAAAAUGCAAAUUGCAAGGUAUAAAAUUUUGUGUAUACAUUAUUUGAAUUGACUCCACCAGUGGUCUUAAGUCAGUCCAAUUAAACAAUGAUUUAUUA